AUGCUACCCUUUUUGAGGACAGGUCCGACCGCAGUGCAAGUGCCCGAUAUUCAGAUCAGCAGAAUUCCAAGCAGCUUGAUGGAAACCGCUGUUCAAGAAGCAGCUGAAGAAGUGCAAAAAGCCUUUGCAAAUUUGAAAAGGACUUACGAUUACGAUAUACUAAGCGGAGCGAGUAAACGAUAUGUCUAUUUAAAUCCGGUGGACGAGCUUAUUGGAAACCUCAGCUUUGCAGCAUACGUCAGCAUCGCUGCGUCCAGAAGACUUAGUUUUUUCGGUGGCAUGGGAAACGAAAAUGCAUGGUUUGAUGCGUUGAAUUCAACAACACUUCUCAAAUACUGUCCCCCGUUUUUACCUGAAAUUUGCCCACCGACGCAGUAUCGGUCAUUUUCCGGUUACUGCAACAACAUUCUACAUCCCUUUUGGGGCACCAUCUAUGAACCAAUGCAGCGUAUCCUACCGCCCAAUUACUACGAUGAGCAUCAUCAAGAUUCAGAUAUACGGAAUCCAAUCAACUGCUGCCAUAGAGAUGCUGGAAAUUUUGAAUGUGAUGCGCUGGAAGUGUCGCCAGAUGAUCCCUUUUACCGUGGCUACGUGAGGUGCCUACCGCGAAGUAGGACACUAGUGCUUCCGCGUGAAAACUGCAAGCUCGGUUCUCGAGAGCAAGCAAAUUUAGCGUCAAGCUUUCUCGAUGCAAGCAUCAUCUACGGCAGCACGCAUCAGAAUGCUGAUCGAAUUCGAUUGUUCAGCGACGGUAGAUAUCCAUUAUUUCUUUCAUUGACUCAUUCAUUACUUUACACUUCAAAACUAGUAAGAACCCCUCAUUUGUUGAUUCUGUAUAGGAGGUCCUUCCUUCGAGAAUUGUUUAAAAACAAGCGGAUGGCGGAUUUGACCCCUUGGUGUAUGUUGGAGUCAGUUAGUCAUCGAAAUGAAUGA